AAAUAAAUAAACUGCUAAACCCAAAUCGAAACCUUAAUCCCAAACCCAUUUCCCAUCGAUUUUCCCUUUGGCUUCAUAACGAAAUAUGCCAAACGCUGAACAAACCAAAGGCAAAAGCAAAGCGUCCAAAGCCAAAGAGCCACAAUUGGAGUUGGAAUUGUCCGGCGGAGCAGCUGCAGCCACAGCUGAUGAGUUGACCAAGGAACAGCCGCUGGAGCAGCAACUAGAGGAGCAAUCAACAACGAAAUUAAAAGCACGUUCCCGCUUCUCGGCCGCCUUUCGCAGUCUGUCCAAGUCCAAAGGCAAAAAGGAGAAGGAGAAGGAGAAAGAGAAGGUGCAGGCAAAAGACAGUCAAGAUCAGGAGCAACUGGUGAUAAGCGGCGCGGAAGACGUGACCAGCAUUGGUGACAUUAGCACAGACAGUGGCAUCAAGGGAGGCGUCUCCAAAAAGAAGAGUCUAACACGGCGUUUACUUUUGGGAAGUCUGAGGAAAUCCAAAGUGCGGCCACAUAGCAUUGCCACCAGUGAUGACAUCAGUGUGCUGAGCAGCAGCAGGGAAAGAUUGACGCUGCCAUCGCCAACGGGCAGCAGCAUAACAUUGCAGAUAACCAUAAGUGGCAAGAAAGUUGAGACGGUCCAAAGCAAAGGGGCAACAAGCGAAACGGAUUAUUUGCAACCGACACCAGAAACAACCACAACAACGACAACAACAACAACGACUGGAAAAGCAACUGAAGCCACUGGAAGCGGAAAAAGAGCAACAACAACAACAACAACAGCAAGGCUAACAACAAAAGAAGGCAACACAAAGCUAAUUGUGGCCAAGGUGUCCAAAGAGCCGGCUGCCAAGAAAAAGCAAAAAGAGAAACAGAAACAGAGAGAACAGAGAGAACAGCCAAAAGCAACACAAUCUACAGCUAGCUCUCUGUUAGCGACGCCGCCUCCGCUCUUGGAGGAGAAAAUCGUUAUCACUGAGAGCAGACGCGAUACGCCGCCUCAAGAGCGUGCGCCCGCAAAGCCAAGUCGGGCGAUUGCCAAUCUCAGUCUCGGUGGCAUUCAGUCCGCCAACAGCAGCGGAGCAGUGCGCAAGUCGAGCAGUCAGCCGAGCAGUCAGCCGAGCAGCAGCAGAUUGAGCCUGCCCAGUCGCAAGCAGAGGGAAUUGAUGCAAGAGCAGCAACAGCGUGGACAUCGCUUAAACAGACCCUUUGGCCAAACACACGGCACAACGGAGCAGCCAGUGAGCAGUGUAACGGCGCUAGAGACGCCACCAAGUCCAGAAUCAAAGCCAGAGCCACUGCCGCCCACAUAUCCGCCACCAUCACCGCCAUCUUCAGCACCCGCUACCUCCACCAUUGUCCUGGUGAGCCUCAGUGACGUGGAGGAGCAAACCGACGCCGUGUCCCUGGCCGAGAGUGCUGGCACACCGCAAGUUCGCUUUGCCGUUGGCAGCGCCGUGCGUGGACCCGCUGCCGACGCCGACGCCUACGCGGCAGCACUUGCCGCCGCCGCCGCGCAGCAGCCCAGCUCCAGUGAGGAGCCCAGCGAUUCCAGUCUGCGCAGGAUUAGCUUUGCCCAACAGCAGUUUGCGUUCAGUGAUCACGACAGCAUCGAGGGCAGACGGGAAACGGUGCGUUAUCAAUCAGUGGCCAGCGAAUAUAACGAGGAUUCAGUUGAGUCUGAGGAGGGGGAGCCCAGUGAGCAGACCAAAUCCAUGCCUGCCUUUGGUGACUUGACCAUGGAUCAGGAAAUGGAACCGACCAUCAUGGCGCCCAGCAGUGAGAAACGGGAACAUUUAUAUAAAAUUCUAGUCAUCGGUGAACUGGGCACUGGGAAAACAUCGUUUAUCAAGCGUUAUGUGCAUCAAUUCUUUAGCCAGAAUUAUCGUGCCACAAUUGGCGUUGACUUUGCACUAAAGGUGCUCCACUGGGAUGCCAAUACGAUAGUCCGACUGCAGCUUUGGGAUAUUGCGGGCCAGGAGCGUUUUGGUAAUAUGACGAGGGUGUACUAUAAGGAGGCCGUUGGCGCCUUCAUUGUCUUUGAUGUGACACGCAGUGGCACCUUUGAUUGUGUCAGCAAAUGGAAGGAGGAUCUGGAUUCGAAGGUGCAACUGCCAGAUGGCAGUCCCAUACCCUGCAUAUUGCUGGCAAAUAAAUGCGAUCAGGAGAAACAGGGUAUUGUCACGCAGCCGGAGCGUAUGGAUGAGUAUGUGCGGGAAAAUGGUUUUGCUGGUUGGUUUGAAACCUCCGCCAAGGAGAACAUUAACAUCGAUGAAUCAGCGCGUGCUUUGGUGAAUAAAAUACUCAUCAAUGAUAAACUGAUAACUGCCGAUGCGAAUGAUGAGGAGAAAUUCAAUUUGAGCAAUGCUGGAGAUGCGGGCACGGAUGAAAAGAAUAAGUGCUCCUGCUGACCUGGCGAUAGCAUUUCAAUUUAUGGGCUUUAAACACACCAAAGUCUGAGCGUGUCCACGAGCAACUUUUAAAGUGAAAUCUGUUUUUGAUAAAGAUAAAGAUAACAAUAGCCUAUGCUUAGGAUUUUAUGUAAAGUGUAUCUAAGACUUAGCGUCUUCAUUAUCAUCAUCAUCAUCCCCGUCGUCCAUCCAUCUCCAUGUCACUUUGAGAUAUGUCAAAUUGUUUAUCUGGCUCAAUCCUAACACCUGGCCGGGCCAUAUAAUUUACUAAAGUUUCGUCUUGAGAAAUGGGACCUGGAGCAGUGCGUGAACUUAUACUAUAACCCAUAUAUAAUCUACGCAUACAAUACAAUUAUAUCAUAUAUACAUACCUACUGAAUCAGAAAAUGCAGCAUCAUUAUAAUUUGUGCUCGUACAUCUGUGUAAAAUACGAAUCGUUUAAUUGUUUUUGUUUGUUUUGCUUUUGUUACGGAUAUUAUUAUUAUCUUGGAUUUUUAUACAUACAUACAUACGUAAACAUAUUAUAAUACAUAGCACACACCCACACACUGGUUCACACAUAAACUCUGCCAUCUUUAUUUGCAUUUAGAUAAAAACACAGAUUACAGCA